AUGGAGGAAAGCCAAACUUGUCUGUAUUCUCCUCCAACAAUGGAGGUUGAAUUUGAUAUUUGUCUCAGUGUUUUCCUGAUGCCUCCCAUUCCUACAGUUCUUAGGUGCUCCUUCCUCUUCCUCUGA